AUGUCCCAUUUGUGCUCCAUCUUCUCGGCCGAAGCUGCCGCCAUUCUCAUCGCGAUCACCAUUCCAGCAGAUCAGCCCAUCCUCGUACUUACCGACUCAGCUAGCGUGGUAUCGGCUCUCCAGGCCGAGUCUCCUGUGCAUCCAUGGAUUCAGGAUAUUAUCCGGCUUGCCCCACCAAACACAACUAUCGCUUGGAUCCCAGGGCAUUGCGGCGUUCCGGGUAACACCACAGCUGACCGUCUCGCUGGGGCGGGUCAUGCUGCACCGAUGUACACCGACAAGGUCCUCCUUCAUGACGUCAAAAGAUGGAUUACCAAGAUUUUCCGCGAACAAUGGGAAACCGAGUGGUCCCAAAGGGACAACACAGCCUAUCUACACAAGAUUAAGCCGGAUACCGGACCAUGGACGGACCUGGGCUCGCUGAGAGAACAGCGGGUUGUAUCCCGUUUGCGGACCGGCCAUACACGCCUUUCACAUAGCAUGGGAGGUCCCCCCUUUCACCGGACAUGUCUCAUAUGCAACACCCACAACACGGCUGAGCACUUUCUGUGUGUCUGCCCCCAAUAUGAAGUGCACCGCGCAAGUAAUGGUCUGACUGGCAGCAUCCGUAACAUCCUGUGCAACAAUACAUCGAUCCUAGCCAGCGUCAUCCGUUUUUUGCAAGAUUCUGGGCUUUAUAGUCAGAUCUAA